GGCGGUGCACCGGGGCGGGACUCGCGGGCUUUGGGAACCAAUCAAGGCAGGCGUCGUCACGUGACCGAUCGUGACCAAUGAGGGUCGCGGCGAGAGCGGCGGGGUAAUUCAAACGUGUAUACGGAGAGGCGUUCCGGGUCCAUUUUUCUUCCCUUUGGCUCGCCUAAAGAGUUGCAACUUAGAAAUGGAGGCGGAGGAUUUAAGUGGCAGAGAAUUGACAAUUGAUUCCAUAAUGAACAAAGUGAGAGAUAUUAAAAAUAAAUUUAAAAACGAAGAUCUCACUGAUGAGCUAAGCUUGAAUAAAGUCUCUGCUGAUACGACAGAUAACUCGGGAACUGUUAAUCAAAUUAUGAUGCUGGCGAACAACCCAGAGGACUGGUUGAAUUUCUUAAUCAAACUAGAGAAAAACAGUGUCCCCCUAAAUGAUGCUCUUUUAAAUAAAUUAAUUGGUCGUUACAGUCAAGCAAUUGAAGCACUUCCUCCAGAUAAAUAUGGCCAAAAUGAGAGUUUUGCUCAAAUUCAAGUGAGAUUUGCUGAAUUAAAAGCUAUUCAAGAGCCAGAUGAUGCACGUGACUACUUUCAAAUGGCCAGAGCAAACUGCAAGAAAUUUGCUUUUGUGCAUAUAUCUUUUGCACAAUUUGAACUGUCUCAAGGUAAUUUCAAAAAAAGUAAACAACUUCUCCAGAAAGCUGUGGAUAGUGGAGCAGUACCACUAGAAAUGCUGGAAAUUGCGCUGCGUAAUUUAAACCUCCAAAAAAAGCAGCUGCUUUCAGAGGAGGAAAAGAAGAGUUUAUCAGCCUCAAUAUUAACUGCUCAAGAAUCAUUCUCCAGUUCGCUUGGACAUUUGCAGAAUAGAAGCGUCGGUUGUGAUUCUAGAGGGCCAGCCACUAAAGCCAGAUUUUUAUAUGGGGAGAAUGUGCCUCCACAAGAUGCAGAAGUAGUUCAUGGAAAUCCCUUAAAACAAGCUAACAAAACUAAACGGUCUUGCCCAUUUGGAAGAGUCCCAGUUAACCUUCUAAAUAGUCCAGAUUAUCAAAUGAAGACAGAUGAGUCAGUUAUGCCAAGUUUUACAAAGAGGCAGAUCUCUAGAACAGAAUGUCGAGAUUUGAUUAUCCCUGCAUCUAAACCAAGUGGAAAUAAUUCCUCUGAAUUGAGAAAUUUAAAGUCUGUUCAAAAUACCCAUUCUAUGGAAUCUCUGGUAUCAGAUGAAAAGAGUUUUGAACUUAAUACUGAUUCAGUAACUCUGAAGAAUAAAACUGAAUCAAGUCUUCUAACUAAAUUAGAAGAAACUAAGGAGUAUCAAGAACCAAAGUUUCCAGAAAGCACCCCGAAACAAUGGCAAUCUAAAAGACAGUCAGAAUGCGUGAACCAGAAUCCUGCUGUACUUUCAAAUCAGCGACAUAUUCCAGACAUAACUCCAAAGGUUAAUACAGAGCAGAAACACACCACUGUUGAGCAACCUGUCUUGUCAGUUUCAAAGCAGUCACCACCCUUAUCAGUGCCUAAAUGGAUUGAUCCAAAAUCUAUUUGUCAGACACCAAGUAGCAAUACCCUGGAUGAUUACAUGAACUGUUUUAGAACUCCAGUGGUCAAGAACAGCUUUCUCCCAGUGUGUCCAUCAUCAACCCCUUACAGCCGAUUCAGCUGCCUCCAGCAGCAGCAGCAGCAAGUUCCUGUCACUCCUCUGCAGAACCUACAGAUUGUAGGAUCUUCAAAUGAAUGCAUUUCAGUUAAAGGAAGAAUUUAUUCCAUACUAAAGCAGAUAGGCAGUGGAGGUUCAAGUAAGGUAUUUCAGGUCUUGAAUGAAAAGAAACAAAUAUAUGCUAUAAAAUAUGUAAACUUAGAAGAAGCAGAUAACCAAACUAUUGAAAGUUAUCGGAAUGAAAUAGCUUACUUGAAUAAACUACAACAACACAGUGAUAAGAUCAUCCGACUUUAUGAUUAUGAACUUACAGAUCACUAUAUCUACAUGGUAAUGGAAUGUGGAAAUAUUGAUCUUAAUAGUUGGCUUAAGAAAAAAAAGUCCAUCAAUCCAUGGGAACGCAAGAGUUACUGGAAGAAUAUGUUGGAGGCAGUACACACAAUCCAUCAACAUGGCAUUGUUCAUAGUGAUCUGAAACCGGCUAACUUCCUAAUAGUUGAUGGAAUGCUAAAGCUAAUUGAUUUUGGCAUCGCAAACCAAAUGCAGCCUGAUACAACAAGCAUUGUUAAAGAUUCUCAGGUUGGCACAGUUAAUUAUAUGCCACCAGAAGCAAUCAAAGAUAUGUCUUCCUCAAGAGAAAAUGGGAAAUCCAAGUCCAAGAUAAGCCCCAAAAGUGAUGUUUGGUCCUUAGGAUGCAUUUUGUACUAUAUGACGUAUGGAAAAACACCAUUUCAGCAUAUAAUUAAUCAGAUCUCUAAGUUACAUGCCAUCAUUGACCCUAAUCAUGAAAUCGAAUUUCCUGAUAUUCCCGAGAAAGAUCUUCAAGAUGUAUUAAAGUGUUGUUUAAUAAGGGACCCUAAACAGAGGAUAUCUAUUCCUGAGCUCCUGGCACAUCCAUAUGUUCAAAUUCAAACUUAUCCAGGUAACCAAAUGGCUAAGGGAACCACUGAUGAAAUGAAACAUGUUUUGGGUCAAUUGGUUGGUCUGAAUUCUCCUAACUCCAUUUUAAAAGUUGCUAAAACUUUAUAUGCACGCUAUAGUAGUGAUGAAAGUCAUGAUUCUUCAUCAUCCAAGACUUUUGAAAAAAAAUGGGAAAAAAAAUGAUACACAGAUACUCCAAAACUGUCAAAUAACUAUAAGUAUAUAUGAGACUGUUAUCAGCAAAAAAAAAGACAAUAAUUAUCCUCAAAAGAAAACUGUAAAAAUAACCACUAGUGGUACUGUAUGUAUUAAGCUGUAGAAUUGUUUUCUCUGUUUUAUGUUUUCCUGUAAAGCUAAUCUGUUUGUUAGCAUGCACACUUUGAAGAGUGGGUGGGCAGCAUAUUUUGAAGAACUAUGUAAAUAAAGCUUUAUAGCAUAAAGUAACAUCAAAA